AUGGGGUGGUGCAUCGCAUGCGAGGCAAAGACUUCAAAAGGAAUAAAAGUCUGCUACUUCCCUAAAGAUGCAAACCGGAAAGAAAUAUGGGUCCGGAAUAUUGCAAAGGAGGAUUGGAUAUCAACGAAAAAUUCCAUUCUAUGCGAGAUACAUUUUGCUCCUGAAAUGUGGGAGAAGGUGCGUGAAGAUGGAAAAAAAAAACUAAAAGGACAUGCAAUCCCUACAAUUUUUCCACGAGCUGAUGUCCGCAACUUCAGAAUGCAAAGUUGUAAUCAACUGACAACAAAAAAUGCUGUUGACGCUAUUCCAGCAAAUUUGGAAGAACUGGUUGAAGUGCCGGCAACCAAGGAAAUUAUCAUCAGCGAUAAGAUUUCCGUUAUUGUAAGUGUAAUAUUAUUUUUGGUAGAGAAAUACACAAAUAUAUGUAUAGUCAGUCCUUCUCAAAUGGAAUUAUCUGAGAUGUAA